AUGGAUGCGGAAGAAUAUUCAAAAAGCGAAAGCGAGCAGUUAUCAGCCGCUUGCAGGUGAAGACAGGGCGCUUUUUGAGCGUCGAAAUUGGGAAGCAUUAGGAUGUCUGGAAGAGCGAGAGCCCGUUCCAGGGGAAGAGCCCGUGGGCAGGAGCCUUUGGUUCCGGGAGCGGUCAUUAUUCAGAUUUCUGCCGGCUUUCACCAAAUAAAGAUUGGUGAAAGAGGAGGGCGCCGUCGAGAUUUCCAGGAUUGUGGAGUCAACACCAGGCAAUCUAUGGAACAUGUGAAAGAUUCGAAAAUGGGCGUUUCUGGAUCUCCUAUUGAACUGAGGACAAAUUAUUUCCGAAUCCUCUCCCGACCACAGUGGGUUUUGUACCAGUACCACAUUGACUACAACCCUCCAAUUGAGUCUCGUCGCCUGCGCUCUGCUCUCCUGUUUAAGCAUGAUGAAACUCUUGGCCCGACUCGAACCUUUGAUGGAAGCAUUUUGUUCCUGCCAUGUAGACUGCGUGAUGUGGAGACAGUGUUGUUCAGUGAGACACGUCAGGGAGAGAAAAUUAAGAUUACAGUAACUCUGACAAAUGAGCUUCCUCCAUCUUCUCCUACAUGCCUUCAGUUUUACAAUAUCAUUUUCAGAAGGAUUUUGAGGAUCUUGAACAUGCAGCAGAUUGGUCGCCAUUACUACAACCCAAAUGAUCCUCUGAAUAUUCCACAGCACAGGCUUAUGAUUUGGCCUGGAUUUACAACAUCAAUUUUGCAGUAUGAAUCCGGCAUAAUGCUCUGCACUGAUGUUAGCCACAAAGUCCUUCGCAGUGAGACUGUUCUGAGUUUCAUGUCUCAGCUGAGACAGCAGGUCGGGGACCAGCGGUUUCCUGAGGCCUGCACUAAGGAGCUUGUGGGAUUGAUCGUUCUCACCAGGUACAACAACAAAACAUACAGGAUUGAUGACAUUGCUUGGGAUCACACACCUAACAAUACCUUCAAGAGAGGGGAUUCUGAAAUUUCCUUCAAGGACUACUACAAAAAUCAAUAUAAUCUGGAAAUUUCGGACGGUAACCAAGUGCUUCUGAUCAGUAAUAUUAAGAGACUGGGACCUGCAGGUGCCCCUCCUCCUGGUCCAGCAAUGCUUGUUCCAGAAUUCUGUUAUCUCACAGGUCUGACAGAUAGGAUGCGCAGUGACUUCAACAUCAUGAGAGACCUGUCUUCACACACAAGACUAACCCCAGAUCAGAGGGAGAAUCGUCUGACAAGAUUCAUCGGCGUCAUCCACAGUGGUCCUGAUACACAGACAGAGUUGAGAAGCUGGGGCCUUGACUUUGACAACAAGCUUCUAAGUAUCCAGUCGAGAGUUCUUCCUCCGGAAAAGAUAACUCAAGGUGCAAGAUCUUAUGAAUACAACCCAUGGGCUGCAGAUUGGACAAAGGAGAUGAGGGGUGUUCCUCUGAUUAGUUGCAGACCACUGGACAAUUGGAUACUACUGUACACACGUAGGAACAUAGAAUGUGCCCAUUCAUUGCUUCAGACUCUGCACAAAGUGUGUCAGCCGCUAGGUAUCCGAGUACAGCGGGCAUGCAUGAUAGAGGUUGAAGAUCGUCAGGAUUCUCUGUUGAGAGCCUUACAACAGAAUGUUGGUCCAAAUACUCAGAUGGUGGUGUGCAUUCUUCCAACUAACCGUAAAGACAAGUACGAUUGUGUGAAGAAGUUCCUGUGUGUUGACUGCCCCACACCCAGCCAGUGUGUUCUGGCACGGACUCUGAGCAAGCCUCAAGCCCUUAUGACCAUCGCCACCAAAAUAGCCCUUCAGAUGAACUGCAAAAUGGGAGGGGAACUGUGGAGUGUUGACAUCCCACUAAGACAGCUUAUGAUCGUGGGAAUCGAUUGUUACCAUGAUAUAUCGGCAGGAAGGAGAUCUGUGGGAGGACUGGUGGCCAGCCUCAACGCAGGAAUGACAAGAUGGUAUUCUAAAUGUGUGCUGCAGAGUCGAGGCCAGGAAAUCAUCGAUGGGCUGAAAGUACCUUUGCAAUCUGCUCUCAAGACCUGGAUGAACUACAACAACGGUUUACCACAGCGUAUAAUUAUCUACAGAGAUGGAGUUGGUGAUGGACAGCUGCAGAGUGUAGUCAGUUAUGAACUGCAGCAGAUUCUGGACUGCAUCAAAGCUCUUGGAAAGGACUACAGUCCCAAGGUCACGGUCAUCAUUGUGAAGAAGCGCAUCAGCACAAGGUUCUUUGCAUGGAUUGAUGGAAAGUUGUCUAAUCCACCCCCUGGAACUAUCAUUGAUACUGAUGUUACCCGACCUGAAUGGUAUGAUUUUUACAUCGUGAGUCAAGCUGUGCGUGUCGGCAGUGUCUCACCAACUCAUUACAAUGUGAUAUAUGACAACAGUGGCUUGAAACCCGAUUACAUGCAGCGUCUGACGUACAAACUGUGCCACUUGUACUACAAUUGGCAGGGGAUCAUCAGAGUGCCUGCCCCCUGCCAGUAUGCCCAUAAACUGGCUUUCUUGGUUGGUCAGAGCAUUCACAGGGAACCCAACAGGAACCUAGAUGAUUUUCUUUAUUAUCUUUAACAAAAAAACAUUUGUUAAAGAUUUCCCUGCUGUUUUUUGUUUUGUUGUUGUUGACAUAUCCCUAGGUCUAUCCUAAAGAUAUUUCAAGAGGUCCAAAACAAUUGUAUUACUUCAUUGGGUUUUGAGACAAUGUUUCCAAAGAUGGCACCUUAAAAGGGUACUUCCUUAGUAAGUUAAGUAAAAUCAUUUUUUAGUAAACGGAAGAGAAUGUGUGACAAAUGUUUUGGGUGACUUGCAUGUUAGACCAGAUUUAAACUAAAAAAAUUGGGAGAGAUUUACAAUUUACCAACUGAAAUGCUGUAGAUUUUAAGCAGGUGUGUAUGAAACCUGAUUUUUUUUUUUCUUUAAAAGUUUCUCUUUGCAAGUUAAACAUUUGAACACUUGUAAAACUUCAAAUAUUAAUACUGUCCUUACAGAAUGAAAGUUGAGUUCUAGUAUAUGACAAACAGCAGGUUUUGGUUUCGUUUGCAUGCGGCGGAGUUUAUGACUUGCUUACCCAGCAGCAGUUCUGGAGAAAAUAGGCUACAGGAGAUGUUACUUUGACAGCCAGAUGCAGAACUGCUUGGAGAACUGCAAGUGACACAGAGCCUCACAGGAGCAUUUGCACCAGUCAGAGAGGCUGCGUGUCUAACAUGUCACUGCAAGCUUGCAGACAGGUCCCUGUGGCCACAGGAGUUGCCAUUUUGCCAGAAAGCUUAACUAACCCCAGCCCUAACCUGGGUGGACUGAUGAGCCGGGAUCAGCCUUGUGACUUCUAGAUGGACUAAGCCACUUGGGAACCACACAGGUGGCAUAAGUUACUAGUGUUAAUGAAAUGGGAGCAAUUCGUAUUAAUUUUUAAAGUUCUGUGACGCCACGCUCAGACAACAAGACAGUGUUGGGAGUUUGUUGAAUACAAUAUUGUAACGUUUAGUUUUCAAGUAAGCUGAGAACGUUACGACCAGAUGAGUUAGCAGCACUCUAAAAAGAAAUAUGUCCAGUUUGAUUUUUCAAAACUUAAAACUUCUGGUUUCUUUCUCAUGUUAUUUUUGCCCCUUAUUGAGAGAUUAUGUAGUAAAUCAGUUAAUAUUUCUUAGUUGCAAAUAAAUCUGUUCUCUUGUUUAAAUGCUGAUUGAAUCCCUGAAAUAAAAUACAUUUUU